CGUACCCAAUGAAUUGCGAACGGGUAGGGGGAGGAGGGCGAGCGGCAGGAGAGUGAGCUCGAAAGCCACAGGCAAUGCGGAUCAGGGAUGUGCACAAGGUUGGCAGCGGUAACACAGCAAGCAGAGAGAACAAGACUCGGUGCGGGAUUGUGGUGGUUGUGUCCAACAAAGUGACUGGCUGGUGGUGCAACGGCGGGUGGGUGUGGCUUUGGGCCCCCGAAAUAUCUCCUCCAACGAUUUCCUUGUUCGAUGGAGAGCAAGGGGGUAUCGGGUAACGAACGACACGGCAGCGCAGCAGCGGGAAAAAAGGAAAACGGGUGGAAUCCACUGAUGGAUAGCCUCCUUGAACGAGCCGCCAGCGAAGUCGGGGGUGAUGGAACUUGGAAGAAUCAACCUGGAAAGAAUCAAGAAAGGAUUGGACGGCGACAGGAGGGGAUUGGGCCUGCAGGCGCGUCAGCGUCAACUUGGUCAAGUGCUCCUAUCCAUUGUCGGGUGGUUAUGUCGUUUCAUCGAGGGGCCAAGGACGCUGAAACGCUGGGAUGGGCAGCCCAGGGUGGAUGCCGAUUAGCAAUUGCAGCCUCUCCUAGGCACCUUUGGUCUAUUCUCGCAGAUUACGGCAGCGGCAGCAGGAGGCAGCUUCUCCCUCUAUUGUCCGUAACUCCUUCACUUGGACCUUCGAUGUACGAAUACAGGCCCUGUGCCACCGGGAGAGACGUGGACUUUGGAAGGGGGAAGCGGUAACGGAGAGACACGAGAGGCAGGGCAGCCACAGCUGAGCAGUCACGCAAUUUAGACGUUGCCAGGGCC